AUGACAUCACUGGAUGAGCUUCUGGUAAAGCAACACCAGUUAAUGAAUUCCAUUCACCGUACGCUACCAAAUUUCAAGAAAAUGGGACAAGCUAAGAUGACAUACGCUGUGGUACAGGGCAAAAUUACGUUCUUGAAGGAAAAGUUCUUGCAUGCCAGGAUCUGGACGCGAAAAUUCUUUCGCACGUCGACAUCAAAGGUAAGGAGACCUACGUCUCAGAAAACCACUUCGUCGCUUGUAAAGACGCUCGAGGAAGCACUGGACUACCUGUCGGAGGCUCUCGCUAAACUCACUAGCACUGGUAAACCCGGAGACCAAACCGUGAGUCAUAACUCUGAUUCGUCUACUAAUCCAUCGCCUCAACUUCCGCGGAUCAGCUUGCCGACUUUCAACGGAACUUUCAACCGUUGGGAAAGCUUUCGCGAUCGAUUUAAAGCAAUUAUUAUAGAUAAUCGCAAUCUCACGAAUGUCGAUCGACUGCAAUACUUAUGUUCAAGUUUAUCGGGCGAUGCAAGUAACGCGCUCAAUAAUCUCGCGAUUACCGAUGCUAAUUUCGCUGUCGCAUGGGACAUUCUUACGUCGCGUUAUGAAAAUAAGUGCCGCUUGAUCAACGGCCAUUUACAAACUUUGUUCUCGCUGUCGCCGCUCUCGUCCGAAACCUUCAAAGACCUUCAAACGUUGCGUGACACAGCGAAUAUGUCGAUUCAAGCGCUCAAAAACCUCGGUUGUCCUGUCGAUAGGUGGAGCGAAAUUUUAGUGUUCCUUAUCUCUCAGAAAUUAGAUAAAUCCUCCAGAAAAGCGUGGGAAUCGCGAUUAGGCGAAACCAUCGAUUAUCCUCCGUACGCCGAGUUAGAUAAAUUUCUAGAAUCACGUAUUCGCGCUCUUGAAGUUAUCGCGCCGUCUAAAUCCGACAAUGCGGCUAAUUCGCAAAAAUCGACUAAAACAAAAUCGAUCGCCUCUCAUUCGGCCACAACUGCGAAUCCAUCGUGUCCGAUCUGUAAAUCGUCGCAUUCGUUAUUUCAGUGUCCGUCUUUCUCCGCCUAUACUCCAUCGCAACGCUACGAUUAUAUUAAAAAAGAAAAUCGUUGCAUAAAUUGUCUUGGGUGCAAACAUUCACAGAAAAAUUGUAAAAGCGUUCGGUCAUGUAAGACUUGUCAUCAACGGCAUCAUACUUUGCUCCAUUUCACGGAUGAUUCAAAGCCUAACAAGGAGGAAUCGGCCUCAAUCGUUGAAUCAAAGGAUGUAAAACCGAAUAACGAAGUCGCAUCACAUUUGAUGUCGAAUAUUAUGAUGCCGAGAUCGACAAUACUUUUGGCCACCGCUCGCGUUCGCAUAUACUCGCCGCACGGACGCUGUGUUCGUGCUCGCGCAUUACUCGAUCAAGACUCCGUCGCCACGUUAAUCUCGUCGAACAUCGCUCAGCGCUUACGCCUAGCAAAGGUGAAGCGCAUAACGCGUAUCACCGGAAUAGGAGAAUCGCAAUCGGUAUCGCGUUACGCAGCACAUAUCCGCGUAACACCCUCCGCCGGUGAUCAUCCUGCCUACUCGACUAUCGCUUACAUAAUCAAUUCAUUGUCGAAAUACUUACCUAAUCGUAUCAAUUCGUCGUGCCAAUGGACGCAUACAUCUUCUCUCGCCGAUGAUGACCCCAUGAGUUCAGACCCUAUCGAUGUCAUCAUCGGAGCCGACCUUUACGGCCAGCUCUUGCUGGACAGUAUCCGUAGGGGUACCGAUACCGAGCCUAUCGCGCAGCACACAACUCUCGGGUGGAUAUUAUCCGGACCCACUUCAUCAUCUCAAUCUCGUUCUACGAGUUCCAUGCUCGUUCACCACGGAACCUUUCUCGAAACAUUAGACGUCGAUCUGCAUCGCUUUUGGGAGGUCGAAGAAAUACCUCGCAAACAGUCUCUGAGUCCCGAAGAAAAACAGUGCGAGGACCAUUUCGCAGUCACUCACUAUCGCACGCCGGAGGGAAAAUAUGUUGUUCGACUACCGUUCAAGAGCGACCCUCCUAUCGAGAUCGGAGAAUCGCGCUCCACCGCGCUGUCGAGUCUAUAUCGCGCUGAACAACACUUUCGUCGCAAUCCAACCAAAGCUACUUUAUAUCGCGAUUUUCUUGAAGAAUAUGAGAAUCUCGGUCAUAUGAUUAAAACACCUGACAUCGAGCCAUUCGCAAAUCUAUCAUAUUCCGCACCAUGCAGUCUUUCGUGA